AUGGGAAAGGCCAAGACGACGCGCAAGUUUGCUGCUGUCAAGCGGAUGCUCAAGCCGAGCGACCCGCGCCUGAAGGAGAACGUCGAAAAGUCGGCCAAGAAGGCGGCCAAGGAGGCCGCCGCCGCCGAGAAGCGCCAAGUAACCCAGGUGUCGUCGUCGCUGUUCCUGUCGCACAACACCGACCUCGGGCCGCCAUACCGCAUCCUCGUCGACACCAACUUUAUCAACUUUAGCAUCCAAAACAAGAUUGAGCUGGUGCAGGGCAUGAUGGACUGCCUGAUGGCCAAGUGCAUCCCGACCAUCACCGACUGCGUCCUUGCCGAGCUGGAGAAGCUGGGACCAAAGUACCGUCUGGCUCUCAAGAUUGCAAAGGACCCGCGCUUCGACAGGCUCCACUGCGACCACUCUGGGACGUACGCGGACGACUGCCUCGUUCAGCGCGUGACGGCGCACAAGUGUUAUAUUGUGGCUACUUGCGACCGCGACCUCCGCCGACGGAUACGCAAAGUCCCCGGUGUGCCGCUCAUGUACGUCGUCCGGCACAAGUACCAGAUUGAGCGUCUGCCGGACGGUGGCGCUUCGUUUGUGUAG